AGAAAUGAGAUGAAGUGUGGAGUGUCUCUUAGCCUACCUGUAAAAACAAGAUGGGGUUCACAUGUAAAAUGUCUUCAAGAUCUGACUAAAUGCAAGUCCGUCCUACAACGUCUAGCAAUAUCUCCAGAUAAAACAAUUCAAGAUAGAAUACGCAGCGCAAAAGCAAAUUUACUUGAUGAAGGAUUCUGGAUAAAUUCUAGCGCUCUUGUUGAAUUGCUUAAGCCAAUUACUGAAGCAAUAACACGUCUUGAAGGAGAUUCUUCGUCAAUUCAUUUGGUUUGUGAAACUUUCGCGAAAAUCGGUAGUAACAUAUCUACUCAUUUAGAAUGCGUGAAACUAACGGAUUGCGAAAAAACAGAAGCGAUGGAUAAAUUUAUAUCAAGGAAGGAAUACGCCCUUCAACCGAUCCAUUUUGCCGCAGACUUACUAAACCCUCGGUCUGUUGGUGCAAAUUUAUCAUCAGCCGAAAGGAUUGAAGCGAUGAAAUACAUUACUACUAUGUCAACCACGACCACGAUAGAGAUUGGUGAUGAAGGAGUGUCAAAGAUUACUGAGGAUUUAGGAAACUAUUUAGCUAAAACAGACUUUUUUGGCGAAACAUUUUUAUGGAACAUACUCGAUAAUGUCUCUUUGGUUACAUGGUGGAAAGGAUUUUGUGGACAUUCAUGCCUCUCCAAAGUUGCAGUCAGGAUAUUGACAAUGCCGUGCACUUCUGCGGCAACAGAGAGAAGCUUUAGCUCCCAGAGCAGCAUUCAUACGAAGAGAAGAAAUCGCCUAACAACUCAAAGGGCAGCAAAUUUAAAUUAUAUACAAUAUAAUUCAAAAUUGCUGAAACGUUCACGACAACAUCACAUACAAAGUCAAUAUCCUAUAGAAGAGACUGUACAGAACAACGUUUCGAUAGAAGGUAGAAACUUACAGAAGGAGAUAGAAGUAAUUGAAAACCAUAUUUCCGAAGAGGAAGAAUUAGACGAGGUAAUUUUAAAUUUAGGCAUUUUUUAGAUAUGUGAUAUGUGCAUGUGAUAUAUGCAGUUUGCUUCUUUUCCGAUUUUCCAAUGCAUUCCACCGUUUUCGAAUAAAAAAUUAUAAAUCUUAUGUUUUCAGACAAUAUCAUCAUGGCAUUCAAAUACAACAGGAAAUGGAAAUUCCGACGAUGAUUUUAAUUUUGCUGACUUUGCAAUGACCGAUGAUGAAAUUGAUCAAAGAAUGGAAACUAGGGAACAGAGACCAGCACGCAUUUUGAGACAAAGCAAAGUGAACAUUUUAGAAAACGUCUUAAUGAAAUCGGGUAAAGGCACAGAACAACC